UCUAAAGUAACUCUAUACAUAAAAUAGUAUUUAUAUGAUAUUGCAAAGUCAUGUCACAAAUUUGUAAAUAUAUAUAAUUUCAAAAACGUUAUAAAUAAAUAUAUAUAUAUACACACACAUAGAGAAAAUAAAAUAGAUAUAUAAAUAUAUAUAAAAUAUAGGAUAAUUCACGUAAUCGUAGUUUCGAUUCUACUUGUAUUGUAAUAAACUUUUCUAACAACGCAAAAUUAUUUUAUUAAAUUCAUUUUUAUGGAUAAUAACAGCGAACUGCAAAACGAUGAUUUUAGGAAACAUUUACCAGGUGGUGAAACCACAGAACGUCACCUAACAGAAACCUUGCAUUCUGUAAAAACUGGUUUCAAACCACUGCCUGGUUUUGAUCCAGAGCGGGAUGAUCUUGAGUAUUAUCGUGCACAACAAGAAAUUGAUUGUGAUGAAGUAUAUCCUGGAAUAUAUAUAGGAGAUGCUGCUACAGCAAAAAAUAAAAGUUAUCUCAAGAUGCUUGGUAUAACACAUUUACUUAAUGCUGCAGAAGGGAAGACAUUUGGAUUUGUAAAUACUGGUAAAGAUUAUUAUGUAAAUACAACAAUAAAAUAUCUUGGAUUAUCACUGGCUGAUCAUCCAACUGUUGACAUAAGCAAGUAUUUCCACACUGCAGCGUCUUUUAUCGAUGAAGCUGUUUCUAGUAAUGGUAAAGUUUUUGUUCACUGUAUGCUGGGAGUAUCUCGUAGUGCAACGUGCGUCUUAGCAUACUUGAUGAUAAAGAAGAAUAUGUUGGCUGUUGACGCAAUACGGAUAGUCCGUGAAAAACGCGAUAUUCAUCCAAAUUAUGGAUUUCGCAGUCAAUUAGCUCAACUGGAUAAUCAACUGCGUCGACAACGUUUAUAAUAAAAAGAAAAAAUUUUAAUCGGUAAAUAUAUCUGUAGUAUAACAUUAUGCAGAUUAAGUGUGUUUUGAGUGCGCGAUUAUAAUGUAAUAUUCUUCAUAUAUUUCUCAUUACCCGUUUCUCGUAAUAAAAUCAUUUUUAAGAACGUACAUAUAUCUUAUAAUAAAUAAAAAUGAAUGAUCCCGAAUAUGUGUUUAAUAUUAAUCGAAAGUAAAAAAUAAUAAUUUAAUUUCUUUUCCGAUGUUUUUCAAUAUUAUUCUGAACACAUAAUCAUUAUAAUUAUUCAGAUAUUUUUUAUAGUAUAAACGUUUAUAUAAAAGUCUUAGAACAAAAGACCAUAACUGUUACAAUCUAAAUUUUAAAAAUUAUGGCAUGAGAAUCUUAAACUUUCUUUAAACGAUUUUGUUUAUAAAUAACUAUUAUAAAUGACUGAAAUUGUUUUAGAUAUUGGUAACCAUAAUCGAUGACGGAAAUUGUUUCUAGUUACGCAUAACCAUUAUUGACAGUGAGAAUAUCUUUCUAUUAUAAAUAACCAUUAUUGCGAAUUGUUUUUUGGGUAACUAUUAUUGUUCACGAGAAUUAUUUUUCGGUAACCAUUAUCGAUGACAAAAGUUUCGUCUUGGUUAAGAGUAAUCAAUAUGAUACAGCUUUUGUUUGAUUAAUCAAUAUCGAUGGGGAAGUAUUGUUCUGGCUUUAAUUAUCAUAAAAUUUUGUUAUUAAUAUUAUUAAUAAUUAGUAUUUAUGAAUGAUGAAUAUGAACGAUGAUUCAUUUUACAAUGAAUUAUAAAAUUUAUAUAUUUUAAUGAAUAAAAACUUGGUUAUAAUUAUAUAUUUUAUUAACUAACGUGUAAAAUCAAUAUUAAGUUUCACAAAUAAGAGUUUAUAAAAAUUAUGGAGUGAUAAAUUGUACUAUUUAUCGCCCAGUAUCAGUUUCGGAACUGAAAAUGUUCUUUGUAAAAGUAGUAACUUAUGAAAGCGGGAAUAGCUCGACAAAUUGUAGCAAGUUUGACUAUACGUAGCAUUAUGUAUUCCAAUAUAUUAUUAUUUCAGUCUUUAUAACACGUAUUUUUUUGGUUAUUGUUUAUUUUUAGAAGCUCUUUGGAAUUUGUUCUCUGCCUCAUCAAACAAUUGGAGAUCACCUUCCUUCUUGUUUACGUCUUGCGAUGUUUACAUAUUCAAUACAUGGAGGACUAAUCCCUUUGUAUUACAAUAUGUACAAUCUACAAUUUAGUUCAGUAAGUUGGUGGGAUCACGAUAGACUGUUUCUCUGAUAUGUUAAACGACAAUAAAUUAUUAUUAUAAUAGAUUAUUAAAUCAUGAUUAGUUCAAUAAUUUAAUCUUAUUUUAUUAUUGCUAUUAAUUUACAUUAAAUUUCGUGUUCGUAUUAAUAUCAUGAAUCGAAAAAUUUUGGUACGCAAAUUUUUUCAUUUUGAUAGUAACAAAAGUGAGAGUGAAAUGAAUUGAAAUUUGAAAAAUUACGAAUUUAAAAAAAAGUAUAUGGUUAUAAGCCAUUUAAAAAUAUCUAGAAAAAAAAGGGAGAAAUUUGAGGAUUAAAUAGUAAUAAAAAUAUCUGUGAUAGAAGAAAAACAUUUUUCGUUAAAUUCUCUACAAAAAAGUGACAAAUACAUAUGUUAAAUUUGUUAGAAAAAUAAUCUCAAAUCUAUACUUGAUUGUAAAUCAUUUUAAGUUCUUACAGAACAAAUAUUCAAAGAGUUAAAUAUAUUAGUAAUCAUUUCAACAAAUCUAAUGGAUUCUUAAAAAAUAUGGUUUAAAAAAAUAUGAUUAAAAAGUCAUGUAAAUAACGAAUGAUUUCGUUAAAAAUAGAUACAGCUACAAGGUAUGACUAAGCAAUACUAAGAAUUAAUGUUCAAAUAAUCCAAAAUAAGUAAAUUCAAAUAUAUACGAUGGCGAUAAAAAGAGCUUCAUGAAAGACAUAACCGAUAAUUUAAAAGAGAGUUUCGAAAAUGUUUUAAAUAAAUUUAAUACUUAAAAAAUUCUGCCCGUUGCCGUAGCGAUAAUUGAAUAUGCUAUAAUGGAAUAUGUUGAAAGUUGUCGAAUUAUUUUCAAUUCUAUGAAAAUUUUAUUGAAGUUAAAGAAGAUAAGGAUUUUUUAAAUAUAGAAAGGAACAAUCAUGUAUUCAUGAUACGUAGAAACGUUAACGGAAUAUUUGUGUUCAUUAGAACAAAAGAUUCUGUCAAUAAAUACAUUUAUACCGAACAUAUAUACAUUUUUUCCGAAAAUAAAAUUGAAAUUUAAGAUUGUGUUCAUCAAAUUGUAAAAAUAUUAAAAACUCUGGCGUUUAAGCAUA